GUGCAGCGUGUAGCUAAAGCGUGCUAAAUGUUGUUGUGUUUUUUGAAGGAGAGAUGCUUUUUAUGAACAGAAAAAGUGGUUAGAUCAUAAAUUACUAAAUCACCCCGUCUAUUUAUUAUAAGGGAAUAGUUCCAUGGCCUUCCCUGCCCCCAGACCCGAGGGUCCUCAGCUGCCUCAGGUCCUGCUUCGGACUGUAGAUUGUCUCCAGGGGCCAGUAAGAGCAGUGCGAUUCAAUGUGGAUGGGAACUACUUUUUGUCGUGUGGCGCGGACAAAUCUCUGAAACUGUGGAGUGUGAACAGAGGGACUUUACUGAAGACAUACAGUGGGCAUGGAUACGAGGUGCUGGACGCAGACAGUUCAUUUGACAACAGCCAGCUCUGCUCCUGUAGCUCUGAUAAAAGUGUGAUUCUGUGGGAUGUUGCCUCUGGACAGGUCACUCGUAAACUCAGGGGUCAUGCAGGGAAAGUGAAUUGUGUCCAGUUUAAUGAAGAGGCUACAGUCGUGUUGUCAGGCUCCAUCGAUGGCUCUGUGCGCUGUUGGGACACCCGCUCACGCAGACAGGAGCCCAUCCAGAUCCUGGACGACGCCCGUGAUAGUAUCAGCAGCCUAAAGGUGGCCCAACAUGAGCUGCUCACAGGGUGUGUGGAUGGGAGACUGCGGCGCUAUGACCUCCGCAUGGGACAGCUGCACGUGGACUUUAUCAGCAGUCCGAUUACGUGCGUCUGCUUCUCUGCAGACGGUCAGUGUACGCUCAGCUCCAGUCUGGACUCCACUCUGAGGCUGUUAGACAAGAGCACAGGAGAGCUGCUUGGAGAAUACAAAGGGCACCAGAUGAAGGGCUAUAAGCUGGACUGUUGUCUGUCCAGUAAAGACACUCACGUCCUGAGCUGCUCCGAGGACGGACAUGUGUACUGCUGGGAUCUGGUCGAGGGCUCGUUGGCCUUAAAGCUGCCUGUGGGUAAAGCUGUGGUGCAGUCCAUGUCAUUCCACCCAUCGCAGUGUCGCCUUCUCACAGCGAUGGAGAGGCAUGUCCAGCUCUGGGCCAAUGAAUCAGAAUCCACUGAGGAAAGCAUGAACACUGACACAUAGGACACAUCCCAAACCUCCGAUACAACAAAAGCAACAUGGAUUCCUUCUGAAAUGUUUAAAGAGGGGGUAUUAUGCUAAACUGUAGGCAUUUAGUCAUUUAGUCGAUUAAUUGGUUGAUGGCGUUUUAGUCGAUCAAAAUUUGUAUUAGUCGACUAAUCAUUUUAUUUAGUCUAUAAAGAUCUGUAUGGGACAACAGCAGAAAGGAGAAGUAUAUGACUUAGCUGAAGAUUUGGUAUUUUUUGGUAUUUAUAUGCAAAAACACAGAUUAAACUCAUGAGUUGUCUUUAUAG